AUGGAGAUCAGGAGCAACGAGACGGUGGAAGACAUCAAAGAGAGGGCAGCAGCCCUCUUCCAACUCCAACUGGCUGAAGUCGUCCUCUUCUACAGAAACAGAAGCCUGAAUUCGGACUACAAGUGCUGUCACGAACUGGGAAUAGAGGAGGGUGUCACAAUUGUGGUUAAGCGUAACGUAAAGGUGGGAGAAGGAAGGAAGGAGAGCAGCAUGCAGGAGAUGCUCAAGAAUCCAGCAAUGAAGAACAUGCUUAAGAACCCAAACACGCUCAAAUCGAUCAAGAAGAUGUUUCUGGCCAACGAGGAGAACGAGGACGUGAAGACGAGCCAGCUGGGGGCGCUGCUGAACGAGGAGGGCAUCGAGGACGAGUUGGAGAGGAUGACUGAGAACACGGAGUACCUGAACAGCCAAAUGAGGAACGCAGACCUGGCCAUGGCGAAGCUGGAGAACAUGCCAGGCGGAAUGAACAUGAUGAGCUCGAUGCUCAAGGACGUGGAGGACCCGCUGAAGCGCCUUCAAAGGAAGACGUACAAUGCUGGGAGUGAGAUGAGCACGAGACAGGAGUCAUUUAUACCAGGAAAAGUCAAGAUGAAUCCACACGUCCAGUACAGGAAGCAGAAUGCAAGCAUGAUUGAGAAGGGGUUUGCUGAUGGGCUAAUGAACAUAGAUGCCCUGGUCAAGACUGGUGGAAAUGAGUCACAGGCAAUAGAGCUGGUUUUGGAGAAGUUGGAUCAAGAGCAGUAA